AGAGAGGAGAGUGAGAGAGAAAUGGGAGGAGGGAUGCUGCGUGCAGUCGGACGAGCAGUUGGGACGGGCCUUGGUGGGGUCCAGGAGUCCAUCUCUACAGCAAGGCCCAAACCCACUACUCUUCUUUCCGUUACAUCCUCAUCCUCUCCUUCUUCCUCCUCCGUUAGUCUGCCCGUUUCCGCCACUUCCACCGUUAACGGCUUGCGUUCUUCACCCGCCUCCAUUGACGCUGAUGAAUGGGAAGCCGUCGAGCAAGUUGAUGCCGUUACGGGGUUUUCCGAACGGUUCGUUUUCGGGCCCGUUCCGUCCAGGGACGAGGUGGAAGAUGCCGUCUCCGCACUCCAGCAGGUCUUUGCCCCGGCCGCACAUCAUCCACAGACCGUCAAAGAUAGAUUUCCAUCUACUCAGGACUCAGAAGGUCUAAUGGUGAAUUCAACUGAUUUGAUACCCCGAAUUUCUUCAGUCGAAUUGCAGUCCAACUGCAUUGAACCUGUGACGAACAUUUACGAUACAAAAGCUUUACAAUCUCAAGGCUUUAAUAAUGUUUUCAAUGCGUGUCGUUUGUUGCAGACUAAUACAUCUAUUCAGAGGAUGGUCAUUUCAUUAUCAUCUGAUAAAGCUGUAUGGGAUGCUGUUAUGAACAACGAGGCCAUGCAGGAGCUGAGGGAAUCAUUUUAUGCAGGUUCACCCGAAGAAGAUCACUGGCCAAGCUCCGAAAAAGGCCCCCAAGGUCCUGCCGAUUUUCUAAGGUGGAUUGUAGAUAAUGCAAAGGCGAAAGUAAUGGAAUUAAUGGAGAAGAUCAUGACACUGGUGAACGACCUCUUUCGGUCACAAGAGAAGGAAAAGGCAAUGGACAUUUUCGAUGAAGCAGUGAGAUCGUCGUUCAUGCUGUCCAUCAUGGUCCUCCUCGUGGUCGUUGUGACACGUGUCCAGAAGGCUUGAUUGUCGUUGGACAAUGUGACAGCUGGCAUUCUAUUGCACCUGGUGGGCUCCCGACUUCAGGUGGUGGUUAGUUUUAUGAUAGGGCGUGAUUGAUUGCAUCAAAUACCAUGAAAUUUUCCAAUAUUUUAUUAUUAGUAAGUCUAGUUUGGAAUAAUAUAUCAUGAAAUUUCAUGAUAGUUGAUGUGACCAAACGCACCCUUUAAGCUUGGAUUUGUAGAUAAAAGGUUGUUGGCAAAUAAUAUGUGUCAAUGGACUAGAUGUUUUGGUUUCAUUUCAAAGUGCGUCCCAUCAAGAAAUGAGUCCGUCUAGAGACUUCUUUGAGGCCCACCUGCAUGUUGGGCUGGUUUUGGGCUUAAUGUUGUAUUUUUGGUGUUUCAAAAAGAAUAUCAUUUGGAUUGAAAAUUUUCUCCAAAAAUUUCAAAAGUAAUAAAGACAUUUUGUCUUGUAA